GAUGAAAUUACCAUGGGAUGCACCAUUAUCCAACAAACAAAAGGCUAAAUGGAUGAACUGGGAAAAACAAUUGCCAAACAAUAUUGCAGUACCUCAUUCAAUCCCCACCUUCCAAGAAGAGAUCGACUCAAUAUCGCUGCAUGCGUUUGGAGACGCGAGCGGGAAAGGAGUGGCAGCAGUUGUUUAUGCUGUUGUCAAGCAAUCCUCUGGUUCAACACAAUGCAUCAUAACAGCAAAGGCCAGAUUAGCCAAACAAGGAAUAACAAUCCCCAGGUUGGAGUUGGUCUCAGCACACAUGGCUUGUAACAUUGUGGACAAUGUGCGGAAGGUCCUAAGUGAAUUCCCAGUGGAAGGAACGUAUGCCUGGCUUGACAGAACUGUGGCACUACACUGGAUCAAAGGAGGAGGAGAAUACAAACAGUUUGUGGCCAACAGAGUGCAAAAGAUCCAGUCCAAACAGGGUAUCGAAUGGCGAUAUGUACCAACUGAUCGAAAUCCUGCUGAUGUGGGAAGUCCAGUUGGCACGGUGAAAGAAAACAAGUUGUGGCUGAAUGGACCACAUUGGCUCCAAAACAUUAAUGAGUAG